CGGCAGUACGGCACGGCGCCGCUCGAAAUCCCGAAACCCCUUCCCACAUCCAUCGCACCUCUCCUCCCAAUCAGUUAUACUAGACGCCUCCCUCCCCUCUUCCUGGACCCAAGGUCAGAUCAGAUCAGCUCAGGCCGCCUCCGCUUCCCAGUUCCACUUCCAAUUUCGAUUUCCACCCCCGCCCCUUGGGAAGAGGAGGAGGAGGAUGGCGAUCGUGUACGCGCUGGUGGCGCGGGGCACGGUGGUGCUGGCCGAGUUCGCCGCCGUCUCGGGCAACGCCGGCGCCGUCGCCCGCCGCAUCCUCGAGAAGCUCCCCUCCGAGGCCGAGGCGCGCCUCUGCUUCGCGCAGGACCGCUACAUCUUCCACGUCCUCCGCUCCCCCGCCGACGGCCUCACCUUCCUCUGCAUGGCCAACGACACCUUCGGACGGAGAGUUCCCUUCAUUUAUCUCGAGGACAUCCAGAUGAGGUUCAUGAAGAACUACGGCAGGGUCGCCCAUUCCGCGCUGGCCUAUGCCAUGAACGACGAGUUCGCCAGGGUGCUCCACCAGCAAAUGGAGUUCUUCUCCAGUAACCCCAGCGCCGACACGCUCAACCGCCUCCGGGGCGAAGUCAGCGAGAUACACACGGUCAUGGUUGAUAACAUAGACAAGAUUCUGGACAGAGGCGACCGCAUCUCGCUUCUUGUAGACAAGACCUCCACAAUGCAGGACAGCGGCUUUCACUUCCGCAAGCAAUCCAAGAGACUUCGAAGAGCUCUAUGGAUGAAGAAUGUCAAGCUUCUGGCGGUGUUGACGGCGGUCAUUGUGCUGCUACUUUACCUUAUCAUUGCUGCUUUCUGCGGAGGCCUGUCCCUUCCAUCGUGCAGAUCAUAGAACACCAGCUUGACACCAUACAUGAUGUUCCAAGUUUGGCUCAGCUUCCAAGGCGAAAACCCUAUGUUUUGGUCGACAGAUUCGUAGUUGAGUUCUCGGUAGAUUGUUUUUGCUCAUACAAGUCGAUAUGAAAUGUUUGUACAAAACCGGGUCUGCGUGUACAGUAUGAAAUGUCGUUUGUGCUUCUUUGGGUAUGUUUGUGGCAAUAGUCAAGAGUCGUUCGGUGCACUGGUUUGCGGAAAUUUUUACUGAUGUAUAGUACUUUCCUUUCUGGAAAAGAUGUGAACACUGAACAGAGUAUGUUUUCUUUCUUCUA